GUACCACGUACUUCGUUGUCCCACACACGAUCCAUGCACGUACCAUGUACAACCUUACGUUCGCGAUAACUACCUAGGGCGCUAUCAACACAUGCAUUUCUAAACUGUUCAAUGUCACGAUAAUCAUCACCUCCAAUUGCGCCAUCUUUAAUUUUCUUUUUCUUUACUUUACCAAUACGCGACUUUGUGUUUUGUCUUAGGUCACCAUCGAUGAUGGUUGCUGACCCUCGAUCUAUCCUAGCCAAGCUCGGCGCAACCACACCAGAGCGACUCGCGGCUCUGAGAUCCUUAAAGAAUGAACUAGUCGGCCACAGUCAGAAGAAAGAGGAUUGGGUUCGAUACGGCGUACUUCGGCCCAUCGUUGGGAUUCUUUCUCCCGAAGCAUACGAAGCUAAUGAUGAAGAUACGCGACCGUCAUUUUUAGCUUUGAAUACUUUCACGGACGAAGACGCCGCAAAGCUACAAGCUCUGCAGCUUCUUGCUACUUUCGCGAACGCCGGUCCUGCUUUUCUCACUCCACUUCACGCAGCUGGUGCAUUACCUGCAGUCUUGAGUAGCACAUGUCUUCAAAAUGACCAUGCCUCGAUCGUCUUGGCUGCUCUCCGAGUAGUACGGGACAUUGCUGCGGCUGCCGAAUAUGCUUCUCCGUCCUCUCCGAUUACUCUAGCCUCCCUCGCCGACUCGUUGUUUACCGAUAGUCAUCUGGAGUCUUUCUACCAUAUUCUCACCCAGAAAACCCCGAGCGUCGACAAUGAUAGCCAGACACAAAUGAUUGCCUGUCUCAUCAAGAUUCUUUGUCGUGAAGAACGGCACCAGUCGGUGUUGGUCAGUAGCGGAAUUCUUGAUGCUCUCGCUACAAAGGUAGCAAGCUUUAUUGCCUUCGAAGGACUUGUGUUGCCAAGGGCUGAGAUGCUUGCUUGCCUUGAAGGCUUGGAAGAAUAUAUACCGGCGCCAGCUCUCUCUCAUGCUAGCUUGGAUGGAGUAUUAGGUGCAAUCGCUUCGAUUAUAGGCGAGUCACCAUAUCGAGCAUGCAAACUAAUUUACUCCCCGUCGAUACUAGCUACUCUUCCCUUGGCCGAGAUUGAUCUGGCCAAAACUUCCAUGUCUUCUCUGGGGCUCAUGGAACUACCCGGGAUUCGACCAACGAAACAUCUGAAUUUCCAGCCCAUGGACUUGCUUCUCCCCUAUAAUCCACCUCAAGCCAACAAUCAUACCGUGAUUCCACCAUCAAGUAUUUUACGAGAGACUCAAGGUCACAACGGGCGGUCAGCAUCCAAGUAUCUGAAUAAUACUACUCCCCGAACCCAAUCGGAGGAGAAUGGUGCUUCCAAUAACGAUGGUGAUGGCGAAGAAGCCGAAAGCCCCCUCAUACCCUUGUUGAUUUGCGCUAUACGAUCCUGGCGUAGUGUCGGCGGCGCCGAUGUUCUCGGUGCUACUGCCAUCUUGACUUCUCUAUUUAAAGCUGGAUUGGCUUACAAAACCAGAGAAACCGACUUGGGUCUGCUUAUUAUACCAAUUAUUUUGAAUAUUCUCACCGAAGCUGACAUAUUUUCCAAACUCUCCGACGUUAAUGACUGGUGCUCUAAUGUAUCCUCACGACUUCUACCCGUCGAGGAGAUGCCCGCGAUAUUGGCUCGUCUUAUUACCGACAGCGAGUUGCUUCAGAAAGCAGCGUUUGACUGCAACGCAGUUAAGAUACUGUGCAAGCUGCUGAAGGAAAGCUGCGGACCACCGCCACCGCUCCCUAAAUCAUGGUCAUGGUCCCCACAUAGCCGGAGUCGAGAUUCGACGGAAGAACUUCCCCCUGAGUGUCGUUUAGGAGAGGAGGGCCAGCAUAGGCAUCUGGUUCAUCGAAUUAAAGUCAGGCAAAACACCCUCAAGGCUAUCGGCGCAUUGGCAACGUAUAAAGACGAUUACCGGAAAGUUAUCGUUGAACAAGAAGUUAUUCCUUGUAUCGUCGAGUCCCUAAACCCAGCGCCUGAUAAUCCGAUUUCGGUAGUCCUAGCAGCUUGCUACACGGUUCGUAUGCUGUCUCGCUCAGUUAAUAUUCUUCGGACAACUCUGGUCGACCACGGAGUAUCUGUACCUCUAUGCCAAUUACUUCGGCACCGUGAUGUCGAGGUGCAGGUGGCGGCCUCGGCGUCAAUCUGUAACCUGGUCAUGGACUUUAGCCCGAUGAGAGAACCUCUUAUUGACCAAGGGGUUCUAAAGGCGUUAUGCGAGCAUGCACACUCACAUCAUGCAUCCUUGCGAUUGAAUUCUCUGUGGGCACUUAAGCACUUGGUUCAUUCGGCAAGUGUCGACCUCAAGAAAAGGACUGUAGAGGAGCUCGAAUCCGGAUGGCUGGUCCGACUGAUCUGCGACGAUACCGAAGAUGAUGCACUUUUUUCAGCAAGGACGAGGAGUGAAAGAGAGGCGGCUCAAGAAAUGCUAGAUGACAUGGAUGAGGACAUAGACAUGGGGCUUGCCGAGGACCAAUCUCGUCGUAACUGGUUGUCGACCUCUUUCUAUAAGACGCCCACGGCCCGAGCACCGGCUGAUGCUCGAAUACUGCGGCGUGCGGAGGCGCGACUAGAGAACCUCCGCGAGGCUGAAAUAAAUCCGAUUCGCAAGGCGAGACAUGACGAUCUUGCUAUUCAGGAGCAGGGCCUAGGGUUAAUAAGGAAUCUCAUAGGCGGAGCUCAGUCGAGUAGUAACGCCGAUUCGCCAAAUGACACGACAGAAAUGAUCGACUUUUUAUUCAGUACAUUAGGGCAAGACCGAUUAUUUGAGAUUCUUGCCUCGAAGCUACGGGUUAAGGUGCUACAUCCAUUUAGUCAACAGCGGAAUGGUACGGCUACCGAGACGCGUAUUCUCCCCCCGCAAACCAAGAUCAUCGAAUCAGUCAUCUACAUAUUGGUUCAUAUAGCGGCUAGUAUACCACGUCACCGACAGCUAGUCGUCUCGCAAACAGAACUUCUCAAACAGUUGGCCAAGUUAUUUAAUAACCAGGACAGGGAGGUGCGAGUUGCUCUGUGUCAUCUUAUUAAUAACCUGACGUGGCAGGACAACGCCAGCGAUGGUCCUGGGUGUUCGCAGAGAGCUACUGAGCUUAAGAAACUAGGCUUCUUGACGAAACUAGAGGCCUUAAAGGAGGGUGAUGAUGAGCUUGACGUGCGCGAGCGAGCAAAGUCAGCCCUAUGGCAAAUGAAACCGAACUAUUAAGCCUUCCUUCCUUAAUGAAUUGCCCUUAGGAGAAAACACAAUAAUUACGUGUACGAUUUUUACGGUGAUGGGGACGAAGGCAAGGCAAGGCAAGGCAAGGCAAGGCGACCUUUUAGCGUGCAAGGGCUUCAGGAUGAAUGUAUCGAUAGGCCAUAGGAGGCAUUCUUGGCGCACUGGCGUUACAAGGAGGUGGUCUAUGUGAAAGCAUACCCCUUACAAUUAUGGAAUUAUGUUAUAAAUGCCUUUACAUACUAUCAAUUACUUGAUUCUGAGCUUCUAUUCUGCAAAAGUAUCAACGUUAAUUCUUAUCAGUCUAUAUGAUUAGUACUACUUAUACAUACGCAGUCUA